AUGAUGGAUGCUGAGACCACAGCUAUUCAGAAAAUAAAAAGUAAUGGUAACAGACCUGAGGACUGGCUAGAGUUUUUGGCUCCAAGACAAUCAAGACUGGCAGCAGAUCUUACAGAUGAGAACUGUAGGCACUUGUUGUACCUCUACGAAAGAGCUGUUAGUCAAAUCCCAGCAGAAGAAAAUAAGAAAAACAUCUCCUAUGCUCGUAUUCUUGUGAAUUUUGCAAAACUGCAAAUGUAAGUGUUGGAAAGAGAUCGCAUGAUUAUUUCUUCAAAGAACCAGCUGAACAUUUCCCAAUUUCAAGGAAAAAAAUUGGCUGCUAAUACCACCUCAGGAACAGUCGAUUGUUUUUUUUCUAGGAAUUCAACUACAUUGCAUCACUUCCCUAAGAAAAUGCUGGUAUCUUAAAAACAUGUGUUAUAAGCUGUUUUACCCUUUAAUCCCUAAGAGUGACAAGGUUCUAAAUUCUCCUUAGGAUAUCACCCCUGAAAUAAAGGUUUAAGUCAUGAGAAUACAGGAAAUGAUCAGCAACUAACAAAGCUCUUAAUGGUUCUACAAAUUCUCCAUCUUAGAACCAAAAGAAUGUACAGAGAACAGUAUGGAGAAUAUGUAUAUUGAUGUCAGAAUGGAAAGGGUUACAGAAGGUUAAAGCAGACACAUUUUUAGAGUUGUGACUGUAGUUAUGUUCUUAUGUUACUUACAGGAAAAUAUCAGAAGAUGAUGCUCGAAGCUCGUUCCAGUUGGCACGAAACAAUGCAAAACACUUUGCUAUUGUUUUUGUUGCAUGGGCACAGUUUGAGCUUUUAACAGGUUUGAAUCCAACUACAUAUGUAAUUUCAAAUUUAUCUUUUUCAAUCUCAAGAAUAUAUGAAGAGCACACUGUGCACCAUGGUGCACCCCCUUUCCCUUUGAAACACAGGAAACUCUCAAAGGAGUCAGAAAUACUCACACAUAGCAAUCACUGUAAUCCCCAUUGUGUUCUAGCUGAGCCUGGGUGACAGAGGUGUCUAACUUGUUUUUCUCUAUGCAACUUGAAAAACUUUGCUUCAUGAAAGCCUCAAAGAGCUGCUGACAAUGGCUAUCUGUAACAACAACCCUCUGCAACUCUGUGAUUCUUCUUAGAGGACAGACCUGAUCCUGAUGAUUUGUGCAAUUUUUGUAGGAAACAGAAGCAAAUGCAGAAGCCUGCUACGGAAAGGAAAAGAUUCUGGUGCAGAACCUAAGGAGUUGCUUUUAAAAGCUUAUGAUAACUUUGUAGCAGGGAGGAAGGUGCUGCUUGAGGAGUCUGAGGAACUGACAGGUUUUACACAUUACAGAGCCAAUCAGAAGAGUAGUGAAUCAUCAGUAGAUAUGUCACCUUUGAGUACAGGUAAAGUUUAAUUACUAUGUUGUAGCUUUUAGAGAAGAGUGUUAUUGAAGGUAUUUAUAUGAAACAAGUAUACAUAGACAGCAUGAAGUAUUGAAUUUAGACUCUGGGAAUGAAAGGGUUCUUAAUGUUUGCAGAGUUUUAAUAAAUCACUCUAUCCUAAUAUUGAUAUUACUAAUGAUCACUGUAGUGUGAAAUAUGUUUAAUUUUAUAUCAGGUUUAAAAAGAAUAUGAAGUAUAAAAUUUUGUGUCAAAACCUUCAUUUAGUAGAUUGCAAUGCUCCUCUGUGUUCUCAAUUGUCGGUGUAGAUAAAUGAUAAGUUCCUUUCACUGCCAAUUUUUCUUAGUGAUUCUGAUGCUACUAGUUGCCUUGAUGUAAAAAUUUACUACUGACAAUUACCAAUAGGCCAUGAAAGUUUGUUCCUAAUGUUGGGUUGUCAGAUUAAACAAGUUUGUUCAAUAUGCUCAGUUCCAAGUAACAGUAAGGGUUUAAACCAUAUUUUAAAAGCUAAAUUUCAGGAAUCAUAGCACAGCAGGUCUCGGCUUAGAAAUCUGAUUCCUGAUUCUUGACUCCUGGUUCAUGGUUUAAAAAAAAGAUUUUGAGUAACUAGUUUCUAAAAAAAAGGUACCAGUAACACAAUGUCAUUCUUCCAUGCUGAAAAUGGGCCACCAGCAUUUGGAAUAGCUCUUGAAAUGUACUGGCUGCUGGCUUGUUAGUUUACUCAUCCAUUUUUUUUUCCUUAAUUUUGCAAUUAUUCACAUCUCAAACACCAUUUAAUACAGCAAACAAGAAAUAAAUAUUGGGAUCAGCAACCACAGGAACUUUCAAUGUUAUGAAUGUUACAAGAGCUGGGCAUGUCAUAUUGAAGUAGUUUUAUUGACCAGGUGUUUAUAUGGCUAAAAUUGAUCUUGUUUGGUUUGGUAGUCAAACUAAUCGUUUUGUCUUAUAAGGAGAUGAAAGUUCAACAUGCAGUUCCACACAGCUCACAGAUGCUGGCACAGCAAAAGUUUCUGACAAUACCAGUGCUGUGAUUUCAUUCAAAUUACCAAGUGUUCUGGAGAGUUGUGGCAAGAAACCUCUCAGUUUCAGAAAAAGUAACAGCAGCAGUAGCAGCGAUGAGGCCGACAGCAUCCCUUUUCAGUCAUCCACCUACAGGCAGCGUGGGAGCAUGUCCACCCAGAAACCGUCUGUGAAAUCUACUCCUGACUUCAAAUCAGGUCAAUAAACAAGAUAUACAACACUGCAUGCAGCUAAUCCUUCUUAACUUUUUCACUCCCACAAUUGACCUAUAAAGGAAUUUCUUCCAGCAAGAUCAAUACAUUUUCACACAACGAGGUGUUGAGAAGAAAGAAAAAUAUCAAGUAGAGGAUAAUAUUUGAGGCAAAACCAAAUUCUCAGGACUACAAUUAUUAGAAAUGUGCAGAAGACCAUGUGGAGAAUUGAUCCUAAGACCUUGGGAUUGAUAGAAUUCACAAUGAAUAGUUAAUGAUCGUGAGACAAAAACUGAUAUAUUUACUUAUGUAUUAAUUUUGUCAGUUACAUUUAUAUCUUGUUUCAAGAUGCAUGUGAUUAACAGAUAAAAAUGUCUUGCAUUUCCUCGGAUUUCCCGUGUAAGCAGCAUUUACAGGUCUUCAGUUUUUGGAGUAGAUUUUGCCUUAAAUCCUUUAUGCUUCUCUCAACAUGUCUCCUUGUCAAGUCAUUUAAACCAUUCCGCAACCUUUCCCUCCUUUUCAAAUUUUUCAAAUACUUGUAUCUUUAAUUUAUUGUACAAAGGAAAGCUUAUCAAUAGAAAAUUUGUUGGGGAAAUCUCACUCAUGUAAUUGAGGGUUUACUUGCAUUCUAGGUACAGACAGUCUUGCAGGAUGUAUGAAUCUAUCAGUUCGCCGCCCUAAGGCAAGACGCGGUGGAGGAGGUUUAGGAAUAAACUUUGGUCUUCCAAUGAGAGUGAAGAGACCCCUACCAGCAUUGAGUGAACCUGGUGAUGAGUUGAACGGUAUAACUGAACUGGACUGUACUGUGGAGGUGCCUCAACAGAAUUGUGAACUUGAGGCAGCUCCCAGUAACCAGAUACAUGGAUUUCAUCUGGCGAGGAGCAGUGUUCAUUCUGCGUCCUCAAGUUCACAGAAAGACACGGGUGGGGAACAGAACCUUCCAUCUGCUUGUGGAUCUCAGAAAGAAACAUCGGGUGAACUAUCUGAAGAUUGUUUCAGGAAUAACACAGUGGAAACACAGGGGAUUUUUGCGCCGCAAGCACUAGAAAACCUACCGUAUAACAAGCAGCCAGCAGGAUCUUAUUCAUUUACUACAAACCCUCAGCCAGCGAUGCUGAAUAACAGUAGCAGUCAGCGGCAAGGAGAUGUGUCCAACUCAGGUCACCAGCCCGUGCUUCUUCAUCAAAUACCAACGCUGCAAGGUUUGUCAUCUGAGUCAAACCAAGGUAUUAAUAGCUCAGUCACCAUUCGUCACCAAAGUACUAAUUCAGUUGCACAAUCCACUGUAACAAGUGGCUCUCUGUCGCAACACAGUACUGCACGAGUUAAUCACAGUGGCCCAUUACGCUCGAUGCCUGGUCAGCUCUUAGGUGCUAGUCAUGCCUCAGGCUACCCCCAAGAAAUGCAGUUCUCAAGGCCAGCAGCCGUCCCUGUCCAGUCUUCGCAGGAAACAAUCAUGGUGAAAGGCAAAGUGUACCAGAGACUAGGAACUAUUGGCAAAGGCGGCUCCAGUAAGGUAAGUUUUCUGGUUUUUGUCAUAAUUUUUUUUUCUCCGACAUGUUUAUUGCAGCUUUAAGCGCCGCCUUGAGACCGAUUUUUGCCUUCAUUUCCAACUUGGAUCAAGCUUGUAAUUCACUUUUUUCCACUGUUCUUAAAAUGGAUCGUCGAUUUUUUUGUGUAUAAUGUUAGCAUUUUAGAUCGGCAGGAGUGUGCGAAUUGUGGACAACUGCCACGAUUUUUUGAAGUUUAGGUUAGGAAUUACGAAUGACAACCUUUCGAAUUCCUUAAUGAUGACUUCUGCUCAGGUUUUUGAAUCUUCAGUUACUACCACCAAGUUCAAGUUUACUUUCAUCUGGGCAAUCGCAUUACUCGAUCAACUGUUACUCCUGAGUUCAAACUAUUUAACUUUUUUAAUCUGUCAUUUUUUCAUUGAUACGCUUCCAGGUCUUCCAAGCUUUCGACGGGAAAAGAAUAUGUGCUAUAAAGUACGUGAAUUUAGAAGAGGCCGAUGAUUUCAUUGUUCGCAGCUAUAUCAACGAGGUGCAAUUGUUGGAAAGAUUGCAAGGCAAUGAUAACAUAAUUAAGUUAUUUGACUGGUGAGUAUGAUAUUCUUCUGCUAAUACAUGUACUCUUUUUACGCUUAGGGUCAUUUAGUCCCAAACAACCGCAUCAGUCCCUACUCUUACUGUGCGGUCCUCAAGGGAUGAGCAUUAGUCACAAAAUGCAGACUAUCCAAAAAUUACUCAAUCUUAGGAGAACAGAGUAUCCUAGGAUUACUUUUCUUUACUUCUUCUUUAAGGGAACUGAGCCAAGAAAGGAGUUCCCUUAUUUUGGUGAUGGAAUGCGGAAGUAUUGACUUGGCGGGCUUCUUGAGAAAGAAUCGCACAAAGAUUACCGAGAGUGAGCUUCAGGUAUUUUGGCGACAGAUGUUGGAAGCUGUUCACGUGAUUCACGAGGCACGCAUCAUUCACAGAGACCUAAAGCCUGCCAACUUCUUGUUGGUCGAAGGACGCCUAAAACUUAUCGAUUUCGGGAUUGCCAAUUCUCUUCAAGUAAGUUGAAUGGCCACGUCCUGUCUCUGAUUAUUUGAAAGCCUGCUGUCUAAAAACAUCCGUUAUGUUCUCAGGGUCAUGGCAAACCUGAAAAGUCAAUGAAGUCUACCAUCUCAUUUUAUAAGCCUGUCAAGUCAUGGAAAAUCACUUGAUAUUACAUUUUUGAGAACAACAAAGAGAAAUACUUCUAAUUUUUAGGUCAUGAAAAAUACAGAAAGGUCCGUGAAAAGCUCGUGGAAAAUCAUGGAGUUUUACCUCAGUCCUUUUCAGAAAGACUCAUAAUAUUAUUCCUGAAGCGUCAGUUUUUAAAGGUGUUAGUUUAAUGAAAGCUCUCAGCUCCUAGCUCUUCUGCGUGCCCGGGUUGAGAACUCGCUAUUAAAUUUCUGAAAUUAGGAAAUGGAAAAGACCAGAUAACUCACAAUUUCCCGUGAUCUUUGUUUUUGUCGGAAAUCGAAAAGUAGACUUCUUGACAGACGUUCCUAGUUUUAUGCCUGAGUCAAAAAAGCCUGAGUCUACGUGCUUUUCAUAUCCAACCUAGCCUUCACUUGUUUCUUUCAGGGAGAUAAAACAAGUGUUGAACUUGAAACACAGGUUGGGACAUUAAACUUUAUGUCUCCAGAAGCUUUUCAAGAUAUCUCUCACGCGCCUCGGUUUGACAGUGCGGGAAAUGCAAAACCCAGAAUGAAGGUAAGGAUAUAAAUUGUUGGUACGCCAGCGGGUGACUUAAAGGGAAUUCGAAAGGAAAAGGUACACCUAUCUUACCCGCUUCUUCGUUCACGCAAAUGAUGAAUCCUUUAUUGGCCAAACUUAGUUUGGUAAAGAUUGCUGGAUAUCAGUCCCCUCGCCCCGACCCCUGUUACAGCCAUGACGCACCUGCAAUUUGCAUCUUUUGCGCGCAGCGUGUACGUAUAUGUUACUGGUGGGAGACGCCGUAGUCAAAUGGCUAGCCGCUAGAGUCAUUUUGUCGUGUUCGUUGGCAAGAGAUUGUAUUUACACACCGCUUUUCUCCACCCAGGGCCCGGUUGUUCAAAGGGCGAAUAACCCCUUCCCACGGAUAAAUCGCCAUCCAGCGGAUAAGUGUUUACAAAACAUACAGUGCAAUCCACUGAUUAGAGAUUUAUCUAGUGAAUAUCCUUAUCCACCCUUUGAAAAACUGGGGCCAAGAGUAUGAGAGCCGGAAAACUGUCAGGGAGACCAGACAAAAUACCAGGGGGAAAGGUGAUCUGCAACAGACUAACACCCAAUUCAUGAGGAAGACUAGUAACUAGUCCCAGUCACUUCUUGUAAAACCAACCCGGAUAAGCUUGGGUGGCUAUGUGAGUCGACAAAGGUGUUUAGCGUGGCAAACGGCAGAAAUGAAAUUAGAAAUCCCUCACUUUUGCUUUAAUUCUCAAAUCAGCUGUGUACAAGUAUUAAAAUGUCUAUUUACGGUUGAUGCAAAUACUUUCGCUUUGGUACACAAAUGCAUGUAGUUGAAAGAAAACGGUAAGAGGUUCAAAUUUUGCAGGUAACCGCUUGCUGUAAACGUCAUAAGUGACCUCUCAAGCCUCGUAUCCAAGCUGGACCUCUUACCUUUUAUUAUGUACUGUUAGUUACUGAGGGCUUUAGCUCUUGUCGUGAUCUGAUAUCCAGUACAUGGCUUCAACCUUCGACGUUGUCAUAACCUUUUUAUAAUGACCUGAAUUCACGUUCCUCUUAGAUCGGCCGAGCAAGCGAUGUUUGGUCUUUAGGCUGUAUCCUCCACAUGAUGGUGUAUGGCAGGACUCCUUUCCAACACAUAACUAAUCAUAUCAUCAAGUUGCAAUGUAUCAUGGAUCCUUCACACGUCAUCGAGUUUCCGGAAAUCAAGGACAAGAACUUGCUUGAUGUCAUGAAGGUUUGUUGACUCAUUUGUUAUGAUAUGAAAAAUCAAACGUGCAUAUGUCAAUAUUUACAACCCCAAAAUAAUUCCCUCGUCUAUGGAUGUCAAAAGAAAGACCACUUUUUAGCGUUUCCCAACGAGCUGAAGCUAGAACGAGUGACGCGCGAGGCGAGGGCUUAGGAAUGGAAAAAAACAAAAAAACACCUGCUCAGCCGUCUCCUGUAUGACUGCUUGUUUUUCCUUGUAUUUUUAGGGCUGUCUCCUCCGGAAUCCCAAGGAGCGCUAUACCAUCCCUCAGUUGUUGGCUCACUCUUACAUAAAUCCUCCAUCACAUGGUGAGUGCCUCAGCGUUGCUGUAAGGUAAAUUGUUUGUCAAGAGAGUACAUCGGCAAAAUUCAGGCAAUCGUUCGCAGAAAAUAGACGUAUCCAAAUUGUUAGUUACAGAACGCAAGCAAGUUAUCGGCAUAAAAAAAGUUCAUUGCUCAAAGAAGUGUAUACAGCCUGCCUUUUAUCGAGGUAUUCGUACACGGUCAAGCUGAGUUGUUGGCGCUUGGCGCCAAAAGGCACAUAGGGUAAUUGCUAAACAGCUCAAUUCGAAAUCAUUCGAAUGAGGCAUCGCUGUCUUUACCAUCAGAUCCCCCGGUGGAAAUUGAGGAUGAAGACAAAAUGUUUCACGUCCUGAUGGAGUUCGCAAAGGCUGAUGUCAACUCUCCCCGCUCGGUGCGGGCUCUUAGUAAGGUAAGAUUAAGUCAACAUGUAAUUCAAGACACGAACUAGCAAAGAUACUAAAAGAAUCGAACACUUCCACGAAGAAAAUCGAAAGCAGUUAUUUUCUAUCCCUUUACAGGACGCUAAUUAUUUUAGGCUGGAGAUGUGAGGAUUUCAAUCACCUUAUUGAUCUCCGCUCUUUCACUAUUUGUGCUCGUUUCCAGAGUAAAUGAAACCACAUCAUAUCAUAUCAUAAUCUCCUUUCCCUUUUUGCCAACGACAAAACUUUUUUCUUUUUCGAGUUACACUCACAGAGAACUUUAUUACGUUGUUUAGACUUUCUACAAACAGCUGCUCACUGGUAAAAAGGUGAGCCUGUCAUCUGCCGCACCCCGACCCUCGGUUCCGGUGAAUUCUCAGAUGGAGCUUCCGCCUCGUCAAGUCCUGGAGCCUGUUAAUCGUAAGCCCUUGGUGGGAAUCGAUGUGAAGGCGUUGAAUCAGGCUCAGAGGGCGCUGAAACCCCCACAUGCAUCGGGAAGUGCCAAAUAUAUGAAAGAAAAUGAUAGGGAUCAGGAUAAGGUUUGUGAAAUACAUUUAAAUCAAAGUAAACUUGUUUUGUAAGUCUAUUUCCUCCUCCACAUCCUUAAAAGGGGCCCACAGGCGAGAGACAUUUGGGUCUGCAUGCGAGGUAGUCGAUGAAAAAUACUUGGUUUUCUUUACGGGAAUGACAGACAUUUAUUUUAGAUGACUAUAAGUAAAGAUGAUGAAACGUUUUGUGAUAUAGAGAGAUUAUUACAUGGCUUUGCUUGGGUACGAAUUCUAUCUUUUUGUUGAUAUUAACACUCACGAGCAAGUAAAGUGAAUAACUCGCAACAUCAGCAACACGGGUCGAUAAAUCAAUUUCCACCUACAAGCGGAUGAGUAACGUCCUGCUUAUCUUUUUACAACAUAUUUAAUGAUGAUAUGGACAACUUCAGAAAAAAUUACAAGAGCUUGAACCGAAAACAAAAUUUCCCUGAACAAGAGUAAUACGUGUAACAGUUUUUUUAGUGAUAUCUAUGAGAUAAAUUCAGCGAACGUAAAAGAAAUAUUUUGAAGUUAUCAAAUAAUGAAUAUCAUGCAGGAAAACCCGGAUCUCAAUGGACUCUUAAAGCAUGAGCUCUUAGAGAAAUACAAGAACGCACAUCCUCGUAACACCUCUGAGUUUUCAUUUGGUAAGUAAACUAAAUACAGUAGAACCUUCCCUGUUAAGAAAAAAACUCUAAAUUAUUAGAAGCGAGAUACUGAGUGGCAUUUUACUUCUUAAUAACCUCCCCCCGACGAGUACACCGAGUUUCUAAAUUAAUUGCUUGAAUUUCAUUAAGUUAUACAAGUUAAGUUAUUAAGUUAAUCUGUAGGAAGAACAAAAAUAUUUAUUUUAGAACUUUCUUUUUUCUUUUAGAACAAACCUGGAACACAACGUAUGAGAAUCCUGGCUGAUAAGGAUCCCUGAAAUUCUUACCUCAACACAAACAACUCGACUGUUUUCCGAGUAUUGGUUUUAUAAACAGUCUUAUUGUGUUUAUGUGUGUAAUCUUGACAGUAUUAUAUAUUUUUCGUAGUGAAGUGGGUUUUAAAUCCAAGACCUUGAAUAUGUGAUUAUGCACAUGGUCAAACCAAGCGCAGGAAACCCGUUUGCGUUAAGCUACAUUUUGUUCUGUGAUUGGUUAAUACAGCUUAUGAACAAAAUGAUGGAACACACCGUUACGCGAUUUGUUUAUAAGUAGGCCGAGGUAAGUAAAUAUGCUGACGAAAGC